CGAAAUGUUGAAAAGUGUGCAGAGUCAAUAAUGGCAGCUUACGAGAAGCAGGUGGUGGUGAUAACCGGCUGCUCCGCCGGCGGCAUAGGCCACGCGCUCGCCCUCGAAUUCGCCUCCCGCGGCUGCCUCGUCGUGGCCACGGCUCGCUCGCUCUCAUCCGUCUCCGAUUUGCAGGACAAUCCCAACUUCUUCCUGCAAGAGCUCGACGUCUCCGACGACGACAGCGUGCGCCACGCGCUCUCCACGAUCCUUGAGAACUUCGGCCGCAUCGACAUCGUCGUCAAUAAUGCCGGAGUCCAGUGCGUCGGCCCCGCCGCCGAGGUCCCCAUGGAUAUGAUCCAAAACACCUUCAACACUAAUUUUUUUGGAUCGUUGAGGUUGAUUCAAGCCGUAGUUCCUCACAUGGCAUCUCGGAAGAAGGGCAAGAUCGUAAACUUUGGAAGUGUGACAGCAUUGGCCCCAGUGCCAUGGGGAGGCGUCUACACUGCAACCAAAUCUGCUAUACAUUCCAUCUCUGAUAAUCUAAGAUUGGAACUACGACCCUUUGGGAUCGACGUGAUCACAGUUGUACCCGGGGCUAUUAGGUCCAACAUAGGAGAGACUGCUUUGGCAAUCUACAGCAGAAUGCCAGAAUGGAAACUGUACAAGCCAUUUGAAAAAGCAAUUCGUGCUAGAGCAGUCGUCUCACAGACACCGAAAUCUACUCCUGCGGAAGUGUUUGCAAAGAAGACAGUCGACGCAGUACUGAAAGAGAAGCCGCGCGCUUGGUUCAGCUUUGGCCAUCAGUCCACACUUAUGGCAAUAUUGUAUUAUGUGCCCCUUUUUAUUAGAGAUUUUAUCUUUAGGAAAAUGUUCAAGUGUUCAUGAUAUAUUUUGGUAUAUUCUUGUAUCAUUUAUAUGGAUGGAUCAUGUAAUAAGAGUGUUCAUAUUUUCUCUGUUUUUA